GAAUCGCCAUGAUGGCAGCUCAGAGAAUUGAGAUCGUGCAUGUGAGACGUGUGACCUUCCUUCUCCUCGUCGCCUCCCUUCCCUUUUACAGCUCACAAAGGCAGCGUCGACAAGAAGUAAUAAAAUAUUCGAUCUCGUGCUCGGAAAGAUGGCGUAGGUGAGCGGGCGCGCGAAAGUGGAAGCCAUGGCGAUAGCGCUAGCGCAAACAAGCCGCGCGAAUCUUGGCCUCGGCCUCAAUCAUGGCGCUGUAGUGGCCUCACCUUCUUGGAAGCUUUACCACAACCCUCACUACUUGUCACCUCGCGGCGACUCCUCCGGCCCCUCUCGCAGAUCCCCUUCUCGCCCAGAGCACCGCAGACCUAUGAUCGUGGCGAAUUUCGACGAAGACGGCGGCGGCCGCGGCAUGGAGCAGCAGCUUGGGUACGGCGACGGGGGCGUGGCGUCGGUGUCGGAGCUCCUAGCGCGGGUGGAGGAGCUCGUGGCGGAGCUCGAGUUCGAAAGGCGCAUGCGGCGAAAGGUUGAGGCGCUCAACGAGGCGCUCGCCGCGGAGCUCGCCGAGGAGCGGCGCCGGGUCGAGGCCGAGCGAGCGAGGAUGCGGGAGGAGCUCGACGAGGAGCGGCGCCGGGUCGAGGCCGAGCGCGCGAGGAUGCGGGAGGAGCUCGACGAGGAGCGGCGGAUGCUGCGCGUCGCGGAGCUGUGGCGGGAGGAGCGGGUGCGGAUGAAGCUUGCCGACGCUCGGGCCGCCGUCGAGGAGAAGCUGCGGGAGGUCGCCGACGCCGGGCAGCGUGCUGCCGAUGCCACCGCCGCUGCCGAAGGCUGCAGCUGCAGGAGCGGCAGCCCGAUCGGCGGCAAGGCAAGCCCGGCGAGUGUUGGGCAGCAAAGCCCAGCGAGCAGUCAGCACGGCCAACAAAGCCCGGCGAGCGGUCAGCACUCCCAAUCGCACCGGCGAGAAGUCACCGGCGGCGAGAACCCUCACAUCAGGAGGGGGAUCAAGGGGUCCGUGGAGUUCCCGAGGGCUAUCCGUGUGCGGCCGCGCGGCGAGGAGCGCGUGGAUCUGGUAUCCAACAUCGAGUGCCAACGGGCGCAGCUGCGCGUCCUCAUGCGGCACCGGAGUGCGGCCGCCGCCGGCAUGACGGGCCUCGUCGGCGCGGCGCCGGACAACCUCGUCGUGUAACAAUGUACUCACCACUUAGUUACUCUAAUCAUAUGUAACUUUCACCAGGAUAUAUAAUGAAAAAACAAGCAACUUGUGCGCUGCA